GCCUCAGAGCUGAAAUUUGGGGAUGGGUUGAAGGGUAAGUGUGGGAGGUGUUUCUUGGCCACAUGUGAGUGGGAGGUGCAGCCUUCUGACAUCACCGUCUCAGGUAACAUGCAUGUGCUCUUUGAGGAGGCAGGUUGUGGUAUUUUGAGGAUAAAUGUCAAAGGCGAAGAUUGCAUUAUAACUUGAAUGUCAAGGUUAUUACAAUAUGUUUCAAGCAUGACUCAGAAGCAGCUGGAUUCUCCUGAAUGUUCGGGUGCAAACCAGCUGAGUCAGAGGAUCGACUCGCCUUAAAUAACCUAUGAGAGCUGAUGAGCCGAUUGUCAUGUAGCGUCUCACCCUUAAUCAGCUAAUUUCCCGUUUUACAACCUUCACACCAUCCACUUACAGGAAACGUGUUCCUUUUUCAGUGGAAUUAAACACCAUGACCUUUUGUUGGGGGAAUGUCAGGAAACAAAAAUGAUAUCCAACGAGAGAAUACCCCCAUGGAGGCUGUGCUUUCUUUUUGGCACAGCAAAAAGAGAGCACAGCUUGUAGUUUCAGUUUCCCUUCCCUAGAUUUUUCAGAUUUAAAGCGCAUGUUUAGUGUUGAUGACAGCCACCUAAAGCAAGGAGGGAAACUUUUGAACUUUCCUGAUGCCCUCUGGUCAGGCUCAUGAUCCUGUGUGAGUAAUCAUGUUGAUUCAAACAAUGACUCAUCAUCACAACAAUCAGGUGUGCAUGAGAACUACAAAAGCUUCUUAAAACUCACUCUGCCUCCCUUCUAAGUAAUUUAAUUGAUUAUCCAUUGUAAGAAUUUUCAAAGUGAAAGACAAAAAAAGACACAAGUUUGAAAUUUUUAUCAGAUUGCGCAAUGACUCCCCCCCGAAGACCAUGACCGUACAAGAGGUGGAAAGUCCCCCCUACACACACGCUGACCUCAAGCUUUGCUUAACUCAAGCAAGUCAAAUCAAUACAAACACAACUACCCUGUAAUAAUAUUCAAAAGAGGCUGGAAAGUUUAUGUGUCAAAUUUAACUGGAAUAAUAAAACGCCUCCCUGAAAAUUUCUCCUCAUCUGUCACAAAAUACUUUUAAAAAAGGAAAAUAUUUACAUCUUAAUUCAAUCAAAAGAGGAAAUCUCAGACUCUUUUAUAACUGCUGUCAUUUUUGAAGAUACUUCAAAUCAAAAUAAAGCCUAAAAUGCUUUUUUUAGUAAAAAACUAAAUUUAAGUAUGUCCAAUUCUAGCCGUCUUAAAAACAUGCCUCUCUGAACUUUCAGAUGACUUUUAAUAUCAGAAAUAGAAUAAAACGUGCUUAGUUUUCAAGUUUUGCGGUGUACUUUGGAUCAUUAUCAAAGUCUUCAUGCGUAAAAUACUUCUCCAGCUGUACCCGGAAAUUUGUAGUUUCCUCCUUAAUGGUAAAAAAGUUCAAAACUCAAAUAGCAUAUAUAUUUCUGUGGUAUAUUACGUUCAUCUGAAUGGGAAUGAGAACUAACAUUUGCAUAAGUAUGUGUCUGAUUGCUGUUUUUAAAAUAUACUUAAAAGUCUUACAAAAAUUGAAACUUAUACUGACAUAUCUAGGAUCUUCCUCUGAAUUGCCAGUCAUCCAGAACUAAAAACAGAUUCUGGUCUGGUUACAUUUUUGAGGUUAGCAAAGUCAGCUAAUGUUAUCUUAGUGACCAUCCCAAACCACUACUAAACAAACACUCUCUAAACAGCUUCAACACAAGGAAAUCAAACUGCUAUCUACAUAAAAAAAGCUGCAUCUUUACAACUCUUAUCUUCUAACUGUCAAUUAUGAUGAACUUUUUAAUGACAACUAUGAAAAUGAAAACUAUGUAAGCCGUGAUCUGAAGGAUGAUAAUCUCAUACUUACCUGCAUCCAAACCUGUUUCACUGAUCAGUCAUAAAUAAUCUCCACUUUAUCAUCUCUGAGUGACUCAGGUUUUGCUGAAUUUGACUUUAGCCAAUGCUUACUUACAGCAAACUACCAUGUUAUGUCACAGCAUUCGCUAAUUGAAAAUUUCCCACCUUUAAAUCCUCUGUCUUUGUUUGGAGUCUGAUGUGAGGAAUCAGAUUCCUGCUUCUCGUGACUUGGACUGUGUUCUGUGGAGGUGAUGCGAUGCUUUGUUUGAUUUACAGUAAACCUGGUGUUUUUAUCUCCACAAAUCCCUAAAUCUGGACAGGUUGGAACAAGCAUCACGUGAACCACGCUGUAAUCUAAAACUCAUCUCUGAAUCUAGUUUCCAGGAGCAGGAUUGUAUUAUGAUAUGGGCUCUGAUUCUGAAAAGAAUAGAGUGUGAGAGUUUCUUUCUUUGUGAGUUGUCACAGGGACAUACCUGAGACACAGAGCGUUUAUUAUUUACAGAUCUCAUCAUGUAACACUGAUGGAACAAUUAAAUAUCAGCACAGAGGCAGAGGAAAGUAAGAUAUUUUAGCCAUCAGAUAUUCCUUUGGGUUUUCCUUUUGUUUCCUUGUUGAUUCCCCUGAAAGAAAAAAUCUUGAUAAAUGAUAAUAAAACUUUUUAUUUAUGACUAAACUUUCCCAAGAUGAGACUGAAAAUAUUUCUCAAACCUACAUCUGUCGUUCGUACCCCUCUGGCAUGUUUUGUCAAUUAAUAAGACACGCCCCCUUUGAUGAAAAAAAAAAAAGCAUAUGAAUAACAGACUCUCUGCUGUUGGUUAAAUAGUGUGAGAGCACCGAGACCACAACACAGACAGACUUCCCCCAUGACACUGUUCAUGCUUCUUUCCAUUUCAACACUACAGCUGAGUUACUUCAGUUAAAGUUUACAGAUCUUUAAGACGCUACAGCUACAGAUUUCAACAUCAAAACUAUACAGUGUGCUGGGAUAUACCUUGACUGGAUUGGAUUACCUCUGCUGGUGGAGUUUUUUUCUCUAGAAAGGAGAUUGUGAGGUGACAUCAGUAUGGCAGUGAUCCUCUGGGUGCUGGGUCUGACUCUGCUGGUGCAGAGCUCGGUGUGCAGUGUGGGAAACGUGAGGAAAGGCUGCCAAAAAUGGUCUCCAAAUGGAGAUGAUGUUUGCUGUGAAAUCUGCCGUCCUGGUGAGUAAACAAACACAGAAAGAAGUUAACAACACUGUUUCUCAAGUUGUAAUGACCACUGUUUGUAUAUUUGUGUGUAUCUACAUGUACAUCCUCUAUUCAUACUAUAGUAUUUAUGUGUUUUUCAUUGAUUGGACAUAAAUUAAGUUAAUUAAAAUACUUUAAAAAUAUAUUUUCUGAGGUUUUAGAAGUUUAAGUGAAUCUAGGGGUGAGAUUUAAUAUAAGACGUGAUAUCAUAGCCAAUGUGUUUCCCUCAUAGACGGCAACAUCUUAACUGCAACUGCAAAUAAGUGUAUGGUACAGUAUGAUGUAAUGGGAUAUGAUACCAGACCAAACUCACUUGUCCAUGAAGGUGAUACAAUCAAGAUGCAGCAAUCCUGCAAAAACUGAAAAAAGCAAAAAUAUGAAAAUGUGAUUUAAUAUGAAACAGUACAAACAGUUUAGCCAAUAUAUCAUGGAUGGAGGUGAUCGUAUCAUGAUCAUUGAUACACAAUACGGCAUGACACGACACGACACAACACAACAAGACAAAAUAUGAUACGAAGGGACACAAAUAAUACAAUUUGGUUCAGCAAAAUACAACGUUAAAGCAAACAGUUACCAAUGAAAAUGAUAGUGUCAUGAUUCAGCAAUUCUGACUCACUGAUGCUAGAAUAGAUAUCAUAGAACUUGAUAUAUAUGUUAUUUUUUAGAGGAGCAAUUUUUGGUGCACACAGGGGAGAACUUUAUCUAUCCAUACAGGGAUUUUGUCGCACCAAAAAAAGUUUCUGUUUGUUGAAUUGUCUUUGCACUUUGAACGGGAUGUGGCAAACUCAUAUUCCAGCCUUAAUGAAUUUCCUCUGCUGCGGUUGUUUGUAACCGAAAUACUCUCAGUGGUUUUGUGCAGCUGUUACCACAAGUCAGAAAACAGUUUGGAUUUAUUCUAAUAAUUUAUCAGAUAACACAGAAAGGUGUGAAAUGUUACUGUAACUCUAAAAUAGUGAGGGGAGUUCUCGUCACAGGAACAGAGACCUUUUGUGCUUGUUGACCUUUAGCCUUUCGUGAGGAAAUAAGUCAUUUUAUCUUGAAUAUCUCACUGUGUGUGUAUGUGUAUGUGUGUGUGUUUUUCAGGAAACCGCCUGGUCAGAAAGUGUGGUCCAGAUCCAGAGAAACUGUGUACCCCUUGUGAGGAGGACUCAUUUACAAAUAAUCCACUAAGCAUGAGAUGUGACACGUGCAGACGCUGCUUAGGUAUGUUUGCUGAUCAAACUAGUCGCAAAAUGACUCAGAUAUUCCCGUAGAAGUGGUUAAAAGCGAUCCCUCUUUAUGUCUUUUUUGUACAUACAGGAUCUCUUGUUCAUGUGAAAGACUGCACAGCCACGUCUGACACCGUGUGCGGCUGCGAAAAGGGUCUCACCUGUGGUAAUGAUCCGUGUACAUUCUGCGUGAAGAAAUGUGACAGAGGUCAGGAGCGUGCAGAUGGAAGUAAGUCCUCAGAAAUACGACACAUGAACAGCAUCUUAAGUGAAUAAUGAGAUAACGUGACCUGAAUGUCUGCACAGGUUCCUGCAGACCCUGUCCAGAGGGAACCUUCAAUAACCAAACCCAGCAGCAGAAGUGUCAACCCUGGAGCACUAAGUGAGUUCAACUCUCCUCUGGUGACACGAUUAAAACACAAAGAAAUCAAUUUAAUUCCUUGAAUUUUUGUUUCUCUCCUAAGGUGCCCUCAUCCGGGUCAACAGAUUAUUGCCAAGGGAAACGCAUUUUCUGACAUCAAGUGUGCUGUGAUCCAGAUCCACGAAACAAAGCAACCAGGUAGGCUGCAAAUCUGGUCAUCAAAUGCUCUUGUACUUUAUUUCUUUGUGAUCUAGAACUAACAAUAAUUUCUAUUUUAGCAGAAAACCCAAGGCAGGCAUGGCUGAUACUGCUGGUGGCGUUGCUUGUGGUAUUUGCAGUACUUGUGAUUUUUAUCACCACUGUGGCCUGUGAAAUUCGUAAGAGGAAGUCAGUGAAAGUCACGACGCCAGAAAAGACCAGUGAAAAAAUGUUGAUCAAAUGUCCUUCAGGUAAAUUGAACAGGCUGUCCUGCCUCCCCUACAUUGAUUAAAGCGAUUAUUCAUAAAUCCUGUUGUAAAUAAUCGAUUGUCUUUGUUUUGUUUUUUUUUCAUUAGAUGAGCCCAGAACUUUGAUUGCGAUUGAAUGCAGCUUCCAUGAAGCCCAGCAGGAGCAGGGGAGUAGCUCAGAGUCGCUUGUCUCCAAAGAUUCCGCCGAACAGCUUCUACCUUAAACAAAAAGGGGACCAGGCUUCUCUGCAAUACUGGGAAACCCUGUCAAAAUCUGAUGUUGCUGAUUUCAUUGAAAAGGAAGCAGGAUAUCCUGAAUCUUUGUGUCACUGGUGUUCAAGUUUAGGGAGUAACUUUGCUCACUGCGAGUUUCUUCGGCUCUUAAUGAAAAACAAUGUCGCUGACAUCUAUCCUGUUUAGUCUGUUUUCCUUCUCUUCACAAUGGCCAUCUCUGCUAUGAUAACCCCGAUAAGUUAAAAGGAUACAGUACUCUGAUGUUUAGAUGAUUCAGUACAGAAGGGAGGAUGGGGAAUUCUGGCAGGGAAAACACACACUCAUUGAAGGCUAUUCAUCAUGUUAAUUUAAGGCUUGCAGACAGGCUGUUUUUUCCCCUUUUACAGUGGCUUAAAGAGAACAUGAGCAAACUAUUGAAUUGACUUUGAGAGGUGGGUACAGUAAAAUAACAUGCAAAAUCGUAAGCCUUUGGAAAACUAUGUGAAAAAUUGCAACGUUGACAGACUUGAAUGAGCAUGAAUGAGUUGUACUAUUCCUUUAUUUGCAUGUCAGAGCGUCAAACCGCUGACUGUUGCUGCUCUGAGUGUACAGUGCAGGUGGGUGUUCAGCAGCAGGAAGUUUCUGUCACGCCUCAUACAGAGCCUACAUGUCUCCAGGCCAGAUGUUUUGUUCCUUUUGAGCUCUAAUAACCUGGUUACCUCCUUUUAACUGCUAAUUUAUGAGCUUUUCAGACUUUGUUUUGUCACUCAUUUCUUGAAUCUUUGGGAUUACUUGUGAUAAAUUCAUAAGAGCACACAAACCUGUUUUAACAAUGUAAACAAAGCCUUCAACCCUGCAUUAGGAGUUUCCUACAAAGUUUAUUAGUUGAAAAAGUCCAGAGGAAGAAGUUCCCCUCUUUAUCCACGAACAAAGUCCAAGUACCAGAGACGCUACAGGGCAGAGCAAUUAACUUUUUUCUACCUUCUCUGCUUAGUCAAACAAUGCAGAGCAAACAUUUGGCACAGCUUCAACAGCCUUUUUCUCAUAAAACAUGCCAGAACAAGCCACUUAGCCCAGAGUUGGGAAACACUUCUGGCAGUCCCAGUGUGGAUUUUUUUAGAGAUAAAAUCUCAGAUUAUCUUAUCGAAUUUGGACUGAGGGUAAAUAUUAAGAGUCUUUUCAGAUGCGUCAUGUAAGGAGUCCUCAGUUUUAUUAUUGCAGUUGUUUGUGGUGAACAUAGUAUUGAAAUAAAGCUACAGUUAGUCCUGUACUGUUCUUUUUUUUUUGCUUAUCUUCUUGUAAAACAGAGUGGGCAGCUAUUCAGACCAAGUGGAACUUUUUUUUUUUUUUUUUUCAAACAUAUGUCUUCUCUGAAGUGGAACGUUUGAGAAAUGUGUCGUGUGGGUUUGAGGCGCAAAUGUUAGCCCACACCUAUAGUAAUGUAUCAGUGAGCGUGUGUGAGUCAUAACUCUGACGUCUGUACAGAGUCAUACAGUUAAUCUCUGAACAACUCUAGCACUUUAUGUGGAUGCUGUUAUCUGAUUGAUUUUAUACAUUUGUUUCUGUGAACUUUUUACCUUUGAUGCAUUCUAGUUUAAAUUAUCUGUACACAAGAGAAGUAUAUAAUGUGUUGAACUUUCUUAUUUUAACUUAAUAAAAAUCAAUAAAAGCUG